AUGCAUCCCGCCCAGUCCACCGCCUUCAUCGUCCCCACCGCCUGGUCCGGCCGCGUGUGGGGCCGCACCCUGUGCUCCACGGACUCCGCCGGAAAAUUCUCCUGCCUCACCGGAGACUGCGGUUCCUCCGCCGUGGAAUGCAAUGGCGGAGGCGCCACCCCGCCAGCCACACUGGCGGAGUUCACCUUGAACGGGGGCGGCGGACUGGAUUUCUACGACGUCAGCAUGGUGGACGGGUACAACCUCCCCAUGCUGGUGGAGGCGCAAGGCGGCGGUGGGAACUGCACCGCAACGGGAUGCGCGGUGGACUUGAACGGAGGGUGUCCGGCGGAGCUGAAGGUGAAGGCGGCUAGUGGGGAGGGCGUGGCGUGCAAGAGCGCGUGUGAAGCCUUCGGGGAUCCGCGGUAUUGUUGUAGUGGGCCCUACGCGACGCCUGAGACAUGCAAGGCAAGUUGGUACUCGCAAUUGUUCAAAAGCGCGUGCCCACGCGCCUAUAGCUUCGCAUACGAUGAUGCCACGAGCACCUUCACCUGUGCCUCCGCGAAUUACCGCAUCACUUUCUGUCCCUCUUCCACCAAAAGCUCCAUCAUGAAAUCAGGAAAUGGGAAAUUCCCAGCUGCAGUAGAUAUCUCAGUUGGCCACGCUUAUGGUGUGAAGUCACGCAAGGUCAUGCCAUUAGCCAUUGCCACUGUUUCUUUAACAAUAUCUCAGCUGAGCCUCCUUCUCUCUCCAUCUUCAAAGUUCAGUUGA